AUGCUAAAGCAACUACUUCAAGGGCAAGCUGAUGGGGUAGUGGACACAAGCAAGAAGCUAGCUGAAAUAAACUCUAAGAUCGAGAACCUCAACACAAGGGUUUACUCUCUGGAGAAUCAUGCUUCUUCUGUUGCUGCUGCUACAAAGCAAGGACAACUACCUGGUAAAGCUAUUCAGAACCCCAAGGAACAGUGCAAGGUCAUCUUCACUCAAGAAGGACUUGUUGAAGAAGAGGAUCAAGAAAGGGUCAUUGAAGAUUUUUGUUUACUGCUGAAUGAUGAAGAGAUUGUUGCUGCUGAGGCUCCUGGAGUCCAGAUUGAUCAACCAGAAGUGCAUGCACCUACUGUGGCCAUUCACACUUCACCACCUGUUUUGCUUGAUCCUUAUCAACCGGUUGCCGCUUCCUCGUCUCGCCUACUUAGUCAAGGUCACAAGGAAGUGAUUCACAAGUUCAGAAGAGAUCUCAGUGGGAUUGGAAUUGAGUUGCCUCCUAUGGAUAGCAUGAGUGAGGCAUUUGAUCAAAUGCAAAUGGUCAAGGAUGUUCUAGCCAACAGUGAUAAAGUUUCAGAGGUCCUACAAGAGUCUACUCAUCAGUUCAACCUGCUUACUUCACCCACCUUCCUACCAAAGGUCAAGGAUCAAGGGAAAUUCACUCUCCCUUGCACACUUGGGCAUCUUGAGAUUGACAAUGCCUUAGUGGAUUCUGGAGCAAGCAUCAAUCUGAUCUCUCUCUCCAUGGCAGAGAAGCUAGGCAUAGCUGGAGCCUUGCAGCGCCCUACUACUUCAAUCAUGUUUGGAGAUGCAACUUCUAAGUCUCCUCUUGGAGUGUUCAAGAACUAUCACUUGAAAAUUGGAGAAUGCAUCAUCCAAACUGAUCUCACUGUGAUGGAAAUGGAAGAAGAGAAGGAUUUGCCUGUUAUUGGGAACCCCUUUCCUUAUACCAAUCUCAGUUCUAAGAGUCAUGGAGCUACAAAGGUUGUGAAGGAAAGGGUUGACAAGGAACCAAGAGUUGGGAAGGAUAAGGAUGAGAGAGGACCAAGGAUUGAGAAGCCACGUCUUGAGAGGGCUAGAGUUGAGAAACCACGAUCUGAUAGGCCAAGAGCUGAGCGACUUGUUCAAGCCCCUUGUGUGCUUGAUGAAGAGAGCCUUCAAGCUUUGUUUGAUGAGCCACUAGGAAGGGCUCUAAAAGAAGGGGAGGAUGUAGCCUCUAAGGCAAGACCAGGGAUAAAAGAAAGGAUCCACCAGCUCAGGCCCCUUCAGUCAAGCCAUCUCAGCUCACAAUGA